GCUUGAAAGAUGUACAUCUGCUCAAUGAGAUUGAAUGCUGGUGGCCCAUCACAGGCAACAUUAACCUUUUCGGGUGAGAAUUUAUUAUUUAUUAUUCACAGCUUAUACCGAUGAAAUAUUUUACCUUCACCACAAGAAUGCGUGGGGAGGGUACUUUUACAAUCUGUCACUUAGAAACUGUAAUCAAAUCUACUUUAAGUGAAAACCUUGCGUUUCUUUUAAAGUGUAAACAUUGGAUAAUGAAGUCUUUGGCACUCAAUGUGAAUAAGGUAAAAGCACUUCUGUACAUUCUAUUUCUCGAAAAUAGGGUCACGACGUUGUUCAAUGUACGUGACAUUGAACUGCUGAACUGCCUGAGAUACUAUCGAUUGAAGCAAGAAGAACUUAAAAGCUGUCAGAAAAGCCAACAAUUGAUAUUCAUGAUCAGAUUUCUUCAAAAGAUACUAAGCUAUUGUUUGGCCAAAAAACUCGCAAAUGCAGUAUUCAUCAAUUGAAUGGUCAAACGGAUACGGAAGUGCAAG